AUGUUCACCAAUAAGUUGUUGCUUUCGCUCCUUCUCUCACUCCCUUUUGCCCUUGUCUCCGGGCUACCAAAGGAGCCACUAUUUUCCAGAGACUCCCCUAACGGCCGUUGCGGGGCUCAAUUCAGCGGCUACUCUUGCACUUCACUACCGGGUACCUACCAGUGCUGCUCACAGUACAAUUGGUGUGGAGAGACUCUCGGCCACUGUGGUACCGGAUGUCAACCCGCCUAUGGAAGAUGCAAUGGCGCCUCAUCAUCCAGUUCUUCCCCCACAACACCCCCGACUGGAACUCCUACAGGAACACCUACAUCUACCACUAAUCCUGCAUCUACAUCUACAUCUGCGCCUACACCCACACCACCAUCUGGUACUCGUCCAAAGAUCGGAAACUUGCCCUACGGCAUGGACAUCUUCAGUUGUAUUAAAAAGGGCACAAUUGCACUAACCUACGACGACGGGCCCUGGAUCUACACUUCGCGUUUGUUAGACAUUCUGAGGAACAAGGGGGUAAAGGCCACAUUCUUUGUGACGUACGUUUUACCCCUAGUAUAGUUGAACCCUAAACUCAACUAAUACGCUUCUAGGGGAAACAAUCUCGACAAAGGGGCGAUUGACGCUCCGGGCUCUCAGUGGAGAAGCAUCAUUGCCAGGGCCUAUAGCGAGGGUCAUCAAAUUGCUUCCCAUACGUAUGUACCCUUCCCUAGGUAUAACCAUUUUAUGCUAAAAUAGUCGGCAUAGUUGGGACCAUUUGGACAUGGAUACCCUCAGUGAGACCAACAGGAGAUUCCAAAUGACAAGACUCGAGCAGGCAUUGGUUUCAAUCAGUAUGUUCCUCCAUUCCAGUACUCUAUCCGCAUGGCUGACACACACACACCAUAGUCGGCAAAUACCCGCAAGUCUCCCACGGCCCCAUAGGAUGGCGAUCCAUAGCUAAUAGUGUAUCAGAACCUACAUGCGCCCACCCUAUAUCCGCUGCGAGAACGCCUGCCGAAGAACAAUGGCCGACCUAGGCUACCACGUGAUAAUCUGGGACUUGAACACCGACGACUACAAUAACGAUUCCCCGCAAUUGAUCGAGAACUCCAAGCGUAUUGUCCGCGAUGAGGUCGUGGGCACCAGCCCGGCAAACAUGAACUUCAUGUCUAUUGCGUAUUGUCCCCCCUCCCUCUUUCGAUUACUCAAGAUUGUUUAUUCGCAUUACUUACCGGAGAAAUAGACAUGACAUCCACGAACAAACUGUGGUCUCGCUGACAGAGUACCAGAUUGAUAUUGGUAUUCAAAGUGGGUAUCAGCGUAUGUCGCACUUUCUUGUCCUGUUCUAGUGUUCAACGCUAAUUGGGAUAGAUGUCCGAUUGGGGGAAUGCAUGAACGACCCCGAGGCGAACUGGUAUAGGACUUGA